CUAGGCCCGUCGAAAUUCCUGUAGGUGCCUGUCUCCCUCGCGCCCUUGCACAUCAGCCGCUGCCCGGUGUUCCUCUGUCCCUCCGGUAUCCCUCCACCUGGAUCGCAUCUGCGCCUGCUACCCACCCACUGUUCCAUUCUCGGUUCGUCGACGCUUCUCGCAGGCACACACACUCAAUGACAGCACCCGCCUAGCCCGCUCCAUUGCUCGAUUCAUUGCUCGAUGAACGACAGAAAUCGAGAAGGUGAUGAUGUGCAGUAAACAACUCAGAUCCCUGUCCUCUCGAUCCCCGGUGCCCGGCUGCCUGACACCGAGCCCCGUCCAUUCCAGAAACCAGGACCUACCCGUCACUCUGCCGGUGGUGCUCCUUGGUCCGGUCGCUCUCUGUCAGUUCAAGUUGGCUGCACCCCCAAUUCACUCGACAUCUUGCGCUUCGCUGCUCUGGUAGGUCCUUCCUGCUUUCUCUGGGCUCGAAACAACCUUCGGGUCUUGAUUGCCUGGCGAUUCACUCCGGCCCGUACGCAGAAUGUUUGCAGUCACGCUCGCGAAAUUGAAAAGCAAAGGUUCAGAGUAACAUCUCUGCUGUUUUUUCGACUCUGUAGAGGCGUGCCUCGGGAAAGGUAGCCUUCGCGGAAACACUCGACAUGGCGCGCGAAGGUGCUAGGGAGCGUGAUAUGCACAGGUAUUAUCAACCGUGGCUCGAAACAUUUAUAUCCAGCGACCUCCACCCCACAGUGCAGCUUCCACCCGACAACCACGUGGAGGGGCACCAGCCGCGAUCGUCUCGAGAUAAAGCUUUGACGGCUUUUGCACAGUUGGGAUGUCUUCGUUUGAACGCUAAAAGAGGCUUGGUUACGCUGUUGGAUAGUUCCAAGCAAUAUAUCAUCGCUGAGGCCACGAAAUCUCUGUCGCUGAUGGACGACUCUCAGCAUGAGGCCGGAGACGAGCUUUGGUAUGGGAACACCUAUAUCGAUCGCGGACUAGGCAUCUCCGCCGAGGCGAUGCAUCCUGGGUCGUACACUGCUCGUGCUGCCAAUGGAACCACAUACAGCGCCCCGGCUCUGGUUGUCGAUGACCUCGCUGCGGACGAAAGAUUCAAGUCCCGCCCGUAUGCCGGAAAGGGGAUAUCGUUCUACUGUGGGGUGCCUAUCACCACCAAGCUCGGCCACGUCAUUGGAGUGUAUACAGUGACCGAUGACAAACCACGCUCCGGACUGUCACCAGACCAACUGCGUUUCAUGACCGAUAUGGCUGUCAUUGUGGUACAGCACUUGGAGAUCGUCAAAAACGAGCGCGCCAGAGCGAGAGGGGAAAGACUGAUCCAAGGCAUUGGGACUUUUAUAGAAGGUGACGCGACAGAAGAAGCGGCUCAAAUCAAGCCUGACUCUCGACCCCCACCACCGUUCAAUGUGCAGUCCGAAGCUCGCCGCAUGUCGUCCGAGGCCCAGGCAGACGGCGUUGACACGGAGUCGCCUGGAACAAACAAUAGUGCAGAGCGGACAGACCCCAAUGAGACGGGUGUUGAGGAGGGUGAUCAAGGACCAGCCGCCCCAGAGAGCGACCUUCCAUCAGAGCAUGACGUUCUGAUCAGUGAGCUGCAGAGGCGGCAGGCUUUGGGGGUCGUGCAUGAAGGCACAAUUCCUGCUCGGCCGAAGCGUUUGCAUGCGCGUGAUCGCUCGACGGCAACAAAGGAGAAAGCUUUUUCGGAUUCUUUGCGCGUCUUCGAUCGGGCUGCCGCUAUUCUGCGAGACUGCCUCUGCGUGGACGGAGUGGUCUAUCUGAAUGCAAGCUCGGCCAAUCUCAGUUCAGGUUCUAGUAUGCAAAACGCCAACCAGGCUGUUUCAGUGAUGCAACAUUCACACAAUAAAACCAAGCGAGGUAAUGAGAGGAAGUCAACAGCGAAUCAACCAGCUGAGGAUGCGCGUCAUGACUUCUCUGCCCACGACUCCACAGCUUCUGACUCGUCUACCGCCACUGGAAAGAGUAGCACCGAUUCCUCUUCCGCUCGACCCGUACGCCAAAACGCAGAAGUUCUAGGCAUUGCGCGACUCCAACCCGGAAGACCUAUCAAAAUUCCAGAGCAGACGUUACGUCGAUUUGUACGUCGACAUUCUGACGGCAAAUGCUUCUCGUUUGACCAGCAUGGUAAGCCAUCCUCGAGCGACGAGACCUCGGACUCGAACCCCAAUAACCCAGACGACACGGCAGCCAUGAACGAAGACCAAGCAUCGAAGGCACCGUUACGACAUUUUCCCACGACGAAUGCACUAAUGAAAGCGUUUCCGGGGGCUCGGAAAAUCGUUUUCUUGCCGCUCUGGGACUUUGCCAAGGGCCGUUGGCACUCAGGGAUGGUCAUAUGGUCCAACGAUCCAAACAGACUGACCAAUAUCCAAGACGACAUCUCUUAUCUGAAAGCGUUCAACAAUGCCGUCAUGAAUGAGGUGAACCGAAUCAAUCUUGCUCUUUCCGAUACUGCAAAAGCCACAUUUUUAGCCAACAUCUCCCACGAGCUUCGCUCACCACUACAUGGUAUCCUCGGAAGCAUUGAGUUUCUUCACGAUACAGCUAUGGACGACUUUCAGUCGAGUAUGGUCAUUUCAGUAGAGACAUGUGGCAAGACGUUACUCGAUACAGUCAACCAUGUUUUGGACUAUGCGAAAAUCAACAGUUUGUCCAAAGGUGGUUCUCUAAGGUCCAAUUCUCGCGACAACCAUCACCAGAUAGAACCAUCUAAUUCUGACAGCAGUUUAGUUGAGGACUUUGACAUGGCUGUGGUGGUGGAGGAAGCGGUUGAGGCGGUCUAUGCGGGUCAGGUCUUCCGCACUGCUAAUGCGGAUGGGGUGUCAGGUCAUGGCCAGAGGCUGGGCGGCGGUCAAACGGCCGCGGACCGUGCGAUGCAAAAACGGCGAGAGACCAAGGAGAACGUCAGCCAAGCUUCUGUGGCCAACAAGAGUUCUGUCCGGCUUACAUUGAACAUCGACGAUGACACCAACUGGAUGGUCAGAUCUCAACCCGGUGCAGUACGGCGGAUUGUCAUGAACAUCUUGGGCAAUGCAUUGAAAUAUACUAGUCGGGGCAGUAUCGACGUUGCACUCAAAGUGGAUGACUCUCGCAAAAAGAGCUCUUCCAAUCUGCACAUGAUGCUCAAAGUGACCGACACUGGAAGAGGCAUGUCGGGAGAGUUCAUGAAGAACCAUGCAUUCACCGCGUUCUCCCAAGAAGAUUCGCUGGCCACCGGUACCGGGCUCGGACUGAGCAUCGUCCGCCAAAUCGUCGAUUCCCUUGGGGGCACAAUUGACCUUUCCAGCGAAAAGGAUAUUGGAACCGAGGUUAAAAUCUGGUUAAGCCUUCCCAAGAGUCAAAAAGAAGACAGUUCCGAUUCAGACAGGAACCUCAUCGCCGAGAUUCGUGAGAUGACCAAAGGUCUUGAGUUAUGUCUUCUUCUGCCGCAUCUUCUCGAAAAGCCAGAGGUGCAUCCUACACCCCGGACUCUUCGUCCUAUGCCAUCUGUGGAGGACUCCAUACGGAACUUGAUGGCCCAGUGGUUCAAGAUGAAGGUUCGGGCUGCACCAAACAUGGAAGGCGACCCGCCACCGAACUUUUUCAUCUAUCCUGAACCGCCGCCGAUUGAUUAUCUGAUGGAUCGACACGGCCGAACCAAGACAAACAGAGAGAUUCCUGUCAUUGUGCUGUGCACCAAUGCCUUUGAAGCAGCCAGUCUUAGGUCUCACGGCAUUCAUCGGCUGACUGACAUAGGUCGAAUCAUUGAGGUUAUUGCUCAACCAUGCGGCCCGCAGAAGAUAGCCAAGGUCCUCCAACGGUGCAUGCAGCGGAUGAAGCUGUUGGACAGCAGUCAUUCUCCCGGAGCCACUGACCAGGUUCCCAUGUCUGUCGAACGCAACAAAGAAGCGGAUCUGGCCACCGUUCCUUCGGCCAACGCCGCUAAGACCCAAGGGAUCAAUCAUUCCAACCAUGAUAACGUACAGGUCGACGGCACGGGCUCAGACCAUAACAAGACAGGCUCGCCCUCUUCCAGCAAUGGGUCGGCGACGCCUCGAGAGUCCGAUGGCUCCUCUGUGAGAGCCGACGACGACACCAAGCCACGAGUAUUGGUGGUGGACGACAAUCAUAUCAACCUGCAUCUUCUCAUCACGUUUGUCAAGAAGGCCAAUCACCCACACGAAUCCGCGACGGACGGCGCAAAGGCUGUGGAAGCGUACAAAAGAAGCGUUCUCAACCAUGGAGGCAAACAGGGGUUCAAGUAUAUCUUGAUGGACAUUUCAAUGCCAGUAAUGAAUGGGAUCGUGGCAACCAAGGAGAUUCGGAAAUUCGAAGAGGAACAGGGGAUCGAAACGCCAGCUACGAUUAUCGCCUUGACGGGCCUGGGCAGCGAAAGUGCUCAAAGUGAGGCAUAUCAAGCUGGGUUCGACCAUUUCCUGAGCAAGCCAAUUAAAUUCAAGGAUCUACAGACGCUACUACGCUGAACGGGAUUGUGUGUGCCGGCUGCACUGGCUUCUUUAAGCUUAUGCUAGUUGUUACGGCCAACAGAACGACUAUGAGCUCGACACCUGAGACUUGCUGUGCAUAUACAGCUCGGUUACGACUACGAGAACAAAAGCGUUCCAAUUCAGGAUGCACAGGGAUUGGCGGGACUUGCGCCGGAUAUGGUGGAGAUUGGUGUUUCCGCACGACUCUGAACGAUUGCUUGUCAGAGUCGCCACCCUUUGAUGUUCUCGACCCCAACAGGACUGAAGGUCAACAGAUGGACCACGCGGAUGAUCUGGAAUUUGGACUAGCUGCCCACGAUUGAGUGAUAGGGGAUUCGGGGGAGGAUGUUCGGUGUGGUUGCGGCGCCACCAGGGGGCUCUGCUCAACGAUGACUUGGGCUAACCACUGGAAAGCACGAGAACGAGAACGUGGAGGGCGCGCGAGAUGCGCAUCGUCAUGGGAAUCCAUAGGCGUCGCGCCGCACGCUGAUGAUGCGCACGGGGCUUGCUUUUUUCAGAGCUCCGUUGAGAGUGCAGUUCGGGUUGAAGUGGAGGGAAGUCUUGCCAUUGCGCGAGGCACUACGACACUGCGAUCAAAUCGUGGUGGGUGUGGGAAAGAGGCAUCCCAUAAUGAAUCAUGAAUGAAGUGACGAGCAAUAUCCUGUCUCGAUGGGGCGUUGUUUUUCAGGAGGUAGGUAAACAUGAUUGAAAUUCGCGGUAAGUAUUGUUGUCAAGUUUUGAUAAAUGAAGCAAGCUGUUGUGAGGGUUUAUGUUCCAACUUGUCGUGGUAAAUCCAUUGAUGUGGUCGGUGUUCUGGACUGAACUGCACAGUACCUAUACACACCGCAGUACAACUUCAAGUUGUAUAUCAGACUGAUGAAGUGGUGCACGUGCCGACAAGAUAAGCUUCCGAGAUCAUGUUCUCACUUCAAGUUGAACAGGUCGAUCAUGUUUUAUUAGCAGCACACCUCUUCUGAUGAAGAAUCAUCACUAUGAUUCGGCGUUCGUUGCAGUCUCGGACGUUGCAUUGCGUUUGUUUUCUUAAUGUUGUUUAAUCCAGAUAAAUAUCCACCGUCACGGUCCUUCUACCGGUCGAGUCUUCUUCCUUGAUUUCGUCUGCUACUUUCACAUCCAGAUGUCUCCCUCAGAUGUCUCCCUUGCUGAUAGGCAUUGAGCGCGCUGGCCACGUAUGUUUUCGUCCACCUUUGGGUUUCCGCCGACACAGCAAACCAAUUGUCUUCAAGUUUGUCCUUGGCCGGGUUGGAGCUGGAGCUGGAGCUGGAGCUGGAUCUGGGGCCGUCACUGUCACUGUCACUGUCACGGUAGCCCAUGAAAAGGUCGACGCGCAUAUGCUGCACCCACCGCCAAUCGGUGCGUUGCAUUUAUUGACUUGAAGAAAUUGUCGAGACGGAGGUUAUUGCAGAGGAUGAAGGCGCGGCGCUGUUGUGGUUCGGCCUGCUUUUGGACCAGAGGUAGGAUUUCGUGCAAGAUUUGUCUGUUCACGCAGGAGAACGCGGUUGUCGCAGUGGUGGUAGGUGGAGGUGUUGUGGCAGCAUGUGCCGAUGCGGGUGGCUUUGCAUUUUCCUACAGAGCGACGAAGCGAAGUAGGUUUUGAUUCUUUUGCUCCUGAUUCAAGUUUCGAUGGUGGAUUUGAUUAUGAUUCUGCGGCCGCACACGAACAAGGGUAGAUCUGCGUGGGUUGGAUGACUGAGUCCAUAUCUGGAGGCGGAUUUCUGGGGGAAGAUCCAGCAGGAGGAGGGGCAUUGGUAUGGGUACUUUGUAUCGAUGUUUGAAGAUGCAACAAAAACACAACUUGUCAAAGACUGCGCCAGUAGAUAUUGAGGAUAGGG